GUGCAAACAUGCCAAGAAGUGCAAACAUGCCAAGCAGGGACGCCUUCGAUCCGCCACCACCGUCGAUGUUUGAGCAAGGAAGAGUCCUCUUGAUGCAGCUGCAGCACUUGGCGCAUGCGCUCAGGCAUCACAAUCCACAGCACGGAGCCUUGUUGCGGGCUGUCAUCAUGUCCAUGCGUAUUGUACGAGAGUGCGUCAACAGCGACCUCGCCAACGAAUUCGACUGCGAUAGCAACAGCAGCAACACCAUGGCAAACAAGACUUCCAUUUAUGUGUCCAAGUUGAUUCAGCGAUGUCAAGACGAAGCGGGGGUCACAUGCCCUGAUGCAGCCGCCGUACACACAAAUCGAUCAAGUCUGGUUGAUAGAGAAAUGGAAGCAAUCAAGGGCUUGAUGAACACCCCAUUCUCGCUACAGACAUCCACCCUAGACACGUUGCGUCGUGUCAUCCAGCAUCUUCGCCAGCAAGAAGAAACCCGACCCUUUCAUGUCCAACUCCGAGCGUGCCAACUCCAACUCUCGACAUCGUACGACGUCAGCUCGUUCGCAUACGGUUCGACGCCGCUCUUCACAUGGAUCGAUCUGUUCCGGUCGCCUGUUUUAGUCGAUUGCAUUGCGCGGAUCAAGGAAUCGCCCCAGCAACAUGCGUCGGCGUGUACCGUGUUCGGAUCCUCAGCAGGGUCGCUAGUGUUCUUCACGUCGUUGAUCUGCGGCAUUCGCGUCCAAGGCAUCGAGAUCUUACCCUUCCUUGUCGAAACUUCGACCGACACCCAGCGCCGCUUUCUCAUGGAAGAACGCGUCGACUUUCAAUGCAGGGAUAUGCUUACAGCGGACCUUCAACAUGUGCAGCUCCUCGUGCUUACAUCGCAAUGCUGGGAAGCCGGCCUUAUCAAGGCCCUUGUGAACAAGCUGGAGAAGGAACUGCCGCCGCUGGCCCUCGUCCUCGACUACACGGCGGCGCUGUCUUCCGCGGGUGGGUUUACGCUCGUGCAGUCCACCACGGGCGUGGUGUCGUGGAACAAGAGCCACACGUUCAACGUGUACCGCAACACUGCGGCGCUCCAUAACCAACACGAUGGAUGAUUUAUUAGUGUUAAUAAAUAUACUUUGAAGUAACAUAAAAAACCAAUUUAAG